GUCUCUCAAGAGCUCAUGAUUUUUUUCCAUCUCUCCUCUUGACAUUGCUCCUGCUCCACAGACAUGGCUCACCAUGCCAGGCCUUCCAGAUCAGCCAAAAAAGAAGAGUUUGGCAAAAGGAAAACUAACCAGGGCAAAAAGAAAUCUAGCCAAGUGAGAAAGAAAAGCACAAAGGCUUCCACAAAAGCUGUUAGUUCCGGAAAAGGUAAAAAGCCAGGGCAAGAAAAAGAUGUUAAGAAAAAACAGCAAGAAAAGAAACCAAUCAUGAGCUCUUCAGGUAGACUUCUCAGGAGCAAUGUGACCUUGUCUGGAGCCUCUUGGGUGAGUUUGGAGAAGGCUGACAGUAUCCUCUUCCACAGCCAGGAUUCUUUCAGCAUCAAUGGCUUCACCAUGGCUCUCCGGAACCGAUCCUUCUCCAGAAGCUUGGCCCAAACUCCAAUAACUGCAAAGCCCAGGAAAGCUGCAGCACAAAAAAGGCUGGAAACAAGGGAAAAACAUGAACAAGAUGCCCUGGCAGUGGUAGAAGAGAAAAGUGCUGAAACAGGUGAAAGAGCUUUGAAAGAAGGUGUAGCUCCAGAGGAGUUAGCUGCUCUGCCUGUGGAGGGCUGGCUGUGUGCUGCAGGUGAGGAGGAGCCUGUAAUCCCAUGUGCCAGCCAGCACCAGGAGGCAGAAGUAUCUGAAACAGAUGACUCCAUUCCAAACACUCACCUAACUGAUGAUGGUACAGAAGCCUCAGAGAUGAAAGCUAAGCUUGAAGACCUGCCCUGUGAGCAGAUACUCAGUGACCUUGAUACAGGUAGUUUGGCUGAAGCAUUUGUUGAAAGUGCUGCCCUGGUGCUUCCAUCUUCUCCUUCUGACUCUGGAAUUGCCUCUGAAUCAAACUCAAAGGUGCUUGCAGAGGCUCCCUUCAAUGUGGUGCCCAACAGUACAGAACCUGACUCCAGCUCUGUUGAUACCUCAGGCCUCAGCUCUGCAGUGCUGAUAGAGUCAGUCACACUUGCCAAAUUCCACAUUGGAGCGGGGUUGGACAUGGUGCUACCUAGGCAAGAGCAAGACUUGCAUUCUGCAUCCCUAGUUACCUCUGAGUUUAACUCACAAGAACAUUUAUUAGAAGAUGCAAGGUCACUGGCAGAUUCCUGCUUGAAGGCAGGCUGGGGUUUGGAAUCUGAGAAUAAAGACAUUGGUUCAAAUUCCAGUUCUGUAGCUGCCUCUGAAUCCAACUUGCUUUUACAUUUUGAAGGUGCGAGCUCACUUGCAGAGUACCCCAUGAAACUGGUUGUGGAUUUUGUACCCAUUCACAGAGAGCUUGAUUCAAAUUCAGAUUUGAGCUUUACAAAAGAGAAUUCAGAAUUUGACGCAAAGAACAUAUUUAGAGUAUGUGAACCAGUCUCCAAUACCUCUUUAAACAACAUUGAAGUAGAGGACAUUGAACAGCUUGUUAAAUGUAUUGAUGCAGAGACAUUAAUUUUGAAUUCAGGGUAUGUCCCCACUUUAUCUUCAGAUUUAGGAAAAAGCACAGUUGAUAAAAUCUCUGCUGAAAGCUCUGGACAAUUCUCUGCAGGUUUUGUUUCAGAGUUGCCUUCAAGCAUGGAAAUCUCUGCUCUUGCCUCAGCAAAAGCCAUAAAUGCAGAUUUGCCAGCUGACUCAAGACUGCAGCAUAAUGAUUAUUCAUCACAGCUGGGAAGUGUCGGAGCAAGCUUGAAUUUGGUUCAGGACAACAACGUGAGCAACAGCACUGGAGCAGCUGAGGCCUCAGGGCCAUACUCUGUUAAAAAUCCAGCUGGUGGUUGCCCUCUUCCAUACUCAUCUCUGCUCCCCAUGCUGGAGAAGAAGAAGCGGAGGCGGUGCGGGGUGUGCGAGCCCUGUCUGCGCAAAACCAACUGCGAGGAGUGCAGCUGCUGCAGGAAGCGCAAAACCAGCCACCGGAUAUGCAAAAAGAGAAAAUGUGAGGAGCUGAAAAAGCCACCGCCGCCGGUCAUGCUGCCUUUCGAGGUCCUAACAGAAAACAAAAGGCCUCAGAGGAGGAAGCAAAGAGUUUUAAAGGCAAAUUUAGAAAACAAAGCAGUCAAUGGCCGCAGACCAGAACUCAUGGAAUGCAGUAUAUGUGGUCAUGGUGAAAAAUACAGGGUGAAGACAAGCCAAGCAGUGCCCAUUGAGAAUGUGCAGUGUGAGGAGAAGGAGAGCAUGACUGGCCUGGAAGCAGAGAGGUGGGCACAUGCAGAGAAGCCAUCCUUUGGUGUCCAGGUCAAUGGUGACAUCCCCGGAGCUGUGACAGGCACCCAACACUUGAACCACGCUGAGCACAGCCACAGGGCAGCCCCUCCCUGUCACCUCCCUGAGCCAAAAAAGCCCGUGGUGCACCCCUUCAGAAAUGGCAUCAGCACCCUGCAUUAUUCACCACCAGAAGCAGUUCCCUCACUGAACAAUGCACCUGCAGAGGAAAGGACAGACCUGACAAGCAGCUCCCACCUGCAGUGGCCAACGGGUGGCACUCUGAGUAACAUAGUAAGCACUCUGACAGGUGGCACUGGCUGCGUUCACCCAGAAAACCAAGGGAAUGUUUCAAUGAAAGAGGAAAACUGCACCUGCAGCAUCUCUGAGUGUUCUGAUCAGUCAGCUUUGCAGACAGGUUCCAGCUUGGAUGUGCAAGACAGCUUGAGUUGUCCUCUGCUGCCUGAAGGGGAGCUGCAGGCAGGGAAGGAUGGCCUUACAGUACCAAGUGUGGAGACACAGCCUGAGAAUACUGCACUCCAGCCCACUUUCUUGUCCCUGAUUAAAACCAGAAAUUUAACUCUGGAGCAGGUUGUAGCUAUUGAAGCUUUAACACAGUUAUCUGAAGCUCCUUUAGAAACAACUUCACCAGCUAAAAGUGAAAGUACUGAACACACAGGAGAAGCAGCUUCCCACUUGCUCCACAGUUUUAAAAGGGAUAUCUCAUCCUCCUUUACAUCCUCUGCAUUACAAGAAAUCAAAGACACUUACUUACAGAAUGAGCAGCCGCUCUUGGCUCACUGUGCCCACCCGCAGAAGCAGCUCCCUAAUAAGGCAGUGUUGUACAAUGGCCAAAGUUCAGUGUCUGAGUUGUGUGAUAAACCUGCCAAUCCAGCUGGGGAGGUGUAUAAAUUACAGCUACCCUCAAGAGAUACCAAACCUUUAUCUGACCUAACAUCUAAUGCAGCAUCGUUUUUGGGAUUCGAUUCCAGCAAAAGUUGUGCUCCUGAUCCAGUCCCCCUCCCAGGGUACUGCAGUGCUUCAUGUGAUGUCCAGCAUACAGGGAACAACUUGGGAGCUCCUGGCCAGUUAGAGCAAAAGCCAUCGUGUGGUGAUGUGAAAUUGGAAGGUGGUUCUUUGGUUAAAGAAGGAGGAAUUCACAGCCAGGAUGAAGAGGACGUGGCUGCACAGCUAACUCAACUGGCAGCCCUGAUUGAAUCAAACCAGACGAAUCCAGAGCACAAGAACAACAUAAAGGCAUCCCUGCUUAAUCUAAUAUCACAUGAGAGGCAGCCAAAAUAUAACCAAGAAGUGUUGCAGAAAAAAGAAUCUGUAUUUUUUAGGCGUAAUUAUAGUUCCUUGCUGUUAAAGCAGCAGCAAGCAACCAAUAAGAAAGGAAAUGGUGUGCCAUGGAAACAGAGACACAGAAAGAAGCCUCAAGAAGCACGCUAUCAACAAAAUAAUCAAAACCAGCUAGAGCUGUUGUCAUGCCAGCAUAGUGAACUGCAGGACAUUUGGAUAUCAUCAAAACUGCAUAAGCUUGGUCAGACCAUGCCACAGGACUCCAGGGUAGCUCCAUCUGAAAAAAAAUCUCCGAGAACCAAAGUACAGAGAGCGCUCAGUCAAAACACUUUAGCAUCACAAGAAAAAACUAGAUUGUUUCUUCCACAAGCACAGAUAAAAUUCCACAGGUGCUUACCUGAGGCACCACAGGAGAAAAAAAAAGACAGGUUGUUUGGCUGUGAAGUGGUGAAUGAGCAAAUGAAAACUGUGGGCUCCAGUGACCCACUAGGUGCUGAUCCAAUGAAAAAUGAAGUUGCUGCACGUAGCCAGCACAGCGACCUGUCCUCCCGUAAUCCUCUGGCUGGUUCUCAGCUGAAAACAGCAUCCUUGUUGAAAAGGCCAACUGAAAACCUACAGAUGUUUACAGAAAAAUGUAAUUCUCAGGUACAGCAAACAGCAAAUGUCAGUCAGGCGCCUCCUUUGCCAGCAAGCGUUAACCGGUGUAACCUGAGAGCUAACCAAGUGUGUAGUGAGAGCACAGCCCGUGGGCAGCAGGUCACACUGCAGGUAGAGCCGAAGUGCCAGGUGCUGCCUGCUCCCCGUGCUGGGGCCCAGGUGCCCGGUGCUGCUGGAGCUCUCAGCAAUGUGGAGUGUGUGGGUGAGGUGACCGUUCUGACAUCAACCACAUUGGGUGCUGACCACGCCCCGAGCACAGGCGACUCAGGGUGUUCCCCAGCAAAAAACACGCUCAGCAGUUUCCUUGAAUCACCCAUGAAGUUUCUUGAUACCCCUACAAAAAAUUUAAUAGACACACCUACCAAAAAAGGACAAUCUGAAUUGCCAACUUGUGACUGUGUUGAGCAAAUUAUAGAAAAAGAUGAAGGCCCCUAUUAUACACACCUCGGGACAGGACCAAGUGUGGCUGCUGUGAGAGAAAUUAUGGAGAACAGGUAUGGAGCAAAAGGAAGUGCUGUAAGAAUUGAGGUGGUGGUUUAUACAGGAAAGGAAGGAAAAAGCUCUCAGGGGUGUCCAAUUGCCAAGUGGGUGAUCCGGAGGAGCAGCGACGAGGAGAAGCUGCUGUGCCUGGUGCGUCAGCGCGCGGGGCACCACUGCCAGACGGCCGUGAUCGUGAUCCUGAUCCUGGCCUGGGAGGGCAUCCCACACCUGCUGGCAGACACGCUGUACGAGGAGCUGAGGCAGAGCCUGCGCAAGUACGGCUGUCCCACCAGCCGCCGCUGCGCCCUCAACGAAGAUCGUUCUUGUGCAUGUCAAGGACUUGACCCAGAAACUUGUGGAGCAUCAUUCUCAUUUGGCUGUUCAUGGAGUAUGUAUUUCAAUGGCUGUAAGUUUGCCAGGAGCAAAAACCCCAGGAAAUUUAGGCUUCUCACUGAUGACCCUAAACAAGAGGAACUUCUUGAAAACAAUUUGCAAACGUUGGCUACUGAUGUGGCUCCGGUUUAUAAGAAGCUUGCUCCAGAAGCUUUCCAGAACCAGGUGGAAAACGAGCACAUGGGCCCCGACUGCCGGCUAGGCUGCAAGGACGGCCGGCCCUUCUCGGGUGUCACCGCCUGCAUCGACUUCUGUGCCCACGCCCACAAGGACACGCACAACAUGCACAACGGCAGCACCGUGGUGUGCACCCUGACCAAGGAAGACAACAGGAGAGUGGGGGUGAUCCCGAGCGAUGAGCAGCUGCACGUGCUGCCGCUGUACAAGAUCUCCCAGACCGACGAGUUCGGCACCGAGGAGGGCCUGGAGGCCAAGAUCAAAGCCGGAGCCAUCCAGGUGCUCACAGCGUUCCCCAGGGAAGUGAGGAUGUUGGCUGAGCCUCUCAGAGCUACCAAGAAAAAGAAACCAGACACAAGGAGGACCCCGAGUGAAAAGCAGCCAUUAAUAGAUAAAAAGUAUUCAACACCAGUAAAACUGAAAACUGAAGCCCCAGAAAAUCUUGGCAACGCUUUGCAUUGUUUAGGGAACAAACCAGAUGCUUUAAAACCUGGAAUAAAAAUGGAGCCUUCCAACCACCUUUAUGCCAUGAAACAUACUUCAAACACUACUAAAAAUUGCUCUUUACUGAAGCAGUACACGGCCUCCUCCCCCUUUAAGGUGGAUGGUUUACAUCCUUACCCAUCUCUCACACACAAGUCUGGCCUAACUGCAGUGACUAACAUUCAGCAGGAUUUCUCAGUUCCCUACGGGUAUUUUGAAUGCAGUACCAAGCAACCUCACGUGCCACCUUAUGUUAGCUGCAAGAGCUUUGAUGUGUCAGUGAAGGAUUAUACUGGAAUUGUGCUGGACGAGGAGGUGAACGGCGUGCCGCCCGUUCUGCCCGAGGUCACUGCUCCAGGCGCCCCGGCCCACACAGAGCCCCUGCCCACAGUACUUGAACAGCAGCCAGACAGACAGAGCUGCCAGCUUCAGCUGGACACCUGUGCCCCCCCAGAGCAGGUCAGCUCCUGUGACCCAGCGCUCCCACCCAGCUCCUUGGCACAGGAUGCCCUCGGACCUGCGGCCGGCUGCUCCCAUGGGUGCCCCGUGGAAAGGGGCAGCUCCCAUGGGGGACAGAGCUGUGACUUGGACUGUGCUGAUGUAAAGCAAAGCAGUGCACUGGGACAGGCAGCUGAUUCUGAAGAAAAGGCUGAGGAGUUAUGGUCAGACAGCGAGCACAAUUUUUUGGAUGAUGACAUUGGUGGGGUUGCUGUGGCCCCUUCUCACGGUUCUAUCUUAAUUGAAUGUGCGAGACGUGAGCUCCACGCCACCACACCGAUCAAAAAACCCAACCGCAAUCAUCCCACCAGAAUUUCUUUGGUUUUCUACCAACACAAAAAUUUAAAUGAGCCAAAACAUGGUUUAGCCAUGUGGGAAGCAAAGAUGGCCGAGAGGGCGCGAGAGAAAGAAAAGGAGGCGGAACGAGUGGGAACGGAGAACGCCGAGCUGGGCUCCAGCAGCAGGAAAGCAAAGCAGCCAGGUGAAAACAGAGAUAUCUUUUAUGAAAACAACGAGUUCAACCAAAUUCCAUCCCGCAGAGCACUGACAGUGACCAAGGACAACGUGAUCACAGUGUCCUCGUACGCCCUGACACGAGUGGCGGGGCCCUACAACCACUGGGCGUAGCGUGGGCUCACACAGAACAGGCCUCGUGUCCUUCGCUCUUCGCUCAUCUCAACCAUUCUAAGGCUGAGGUAAAAACAAAAAAAGGGGGGGAUUUCUUCUUAAACUGUGACUUUAACAUUUGGUGGUGCUCAAGCACAUUUUAAGCAAAAAAAAAAAAAAAAGUUGUAUAGUUUUAAUACAUUCUAAAGAAAGAUUUUGGUUAGGUUAUUAACCUUGAUUGAAUCAUUCAGUUUAUUACCUUUAGGAAUUUAUAUUUUGGUGCUUUAAAUCGUGUGUUUACUACAAAAAUCAUUUAUAGCUAUUUUAACAGGUUCACAUUUUAUGGUGUUAAAUCAAGUUAUACAGUUAUAGCUCUACACAGCUCUUGGUGCUUAACCACAUCAAACAGUUAAAAAUAAAUAAGCUGAAUUAUUACUUCAUGGUGCCAUUGCUUUAACAACUUCCAACCAUUGCUGUAUAGUCCAAAUUACAGACCAAUCUUUUAGAAAACCAACUAAUUUUGUUCUUUAGAUUCGUCAGUAGAAUGAAGUUAUUGGUAAUGAUGGCUGGAAGUUGUUUCUAAGCUGUAAAUAUAUAUUUUAAAAGCACUUUCUAUUUUUAAAAUUAACUUGAAAUAGUAUAGUAUAAGGAUCAUAUUGUCUAAGGUUUGUGCAUACUCUACAGAAGGAAUGAUUUUGUUCUUGCUGUGCAGAGUUCCAUGGUGUUACAGGUGCAGGAUGUAUGCUGACAGCAUAUGUGGUUGUUUUCAACUUGCCCUUUUUCACUGAAGAUUUUAUGUUGCAUAUAAACAAGCAGUUAUGAAUUAUAGAACCUUUUUAUUCUUUUCCAAGAGAGUGUACAAACGUGGAAGAGGAGAUGUCUGGUCAAUCUGUGUGUUGCUAUUGGGAGUUAUGAAUAUUACCUGGUUUUUUAAGGCAGCAUUUGUUAUGGUUUCUAUGAGCAAUAAGUGCAUCAGUCUCAUUUGUUUCCAGCCUUCUAAGUUAACAUGGCAACCAAAUGUUCCUAAUGCCUCAGGGGUAGGAUUGUUUUGGGAUAAAAAGCUACCCCCUAGAGUUGCCUUAUCUAUUCUGAUAGAAAAAAAAAUUAAUUUGGGAAAAAUACAAAGGAAGUGUUGGAAAACAAUAAAAUUUCUAAUAUUUAGCAGCAAAGUUUUUGCUAAAAAUUACCUAUCUGUUAUAUUCACCAACUUUCUGAGUUCAGUUUUUUUACAAAAAUGUUUUGUAAAUUUUUGAAGCAAUUUAUACAUUUGACAUGGAAAAGGUUGCAUCCUUCCUUGAAAUUUAUGCUCUUCAUUUCUGUUGAGAAAGUGACAUAUCACAAAAGGAGUAUUUGCUAAACCAGAGGAAAAACAGACACUCCAUUGCUUUUAAAUACUGUAGCAUCCCACUCUUCUUUCUGAUUCUCCUCUCCUAUGUAUUUCUUGUUUAAACUUAUUUAUUGAAUCAAAUUACCAAAUGCCAACAUAGCUAAGGACUGACCUCAUCCUGCAGCUUCUUCCACGUGCGCUGGCUGGGGGCAGGAGGAGCCCUGGCCCAGGGUCCCUGGUGCUGCUCAGCCACGGCCACAGCCACAGCUGUCCCCUCGGCCUGCAGGCACAGGGCUAAUCACAUACUUGACACAGUUAUACUGCAGUGGUGCUGUCCAGAGGAGUAUCAGCUGUCUGGAUCUGCUUCAUUUCAAGACAAGGUGCUUUUCCCCAGAGGAGCUGAAGUGCAGCAGCUCCGUUGCAGUUUGGUACGAGGUGCGUCGGUGUUUGACACGCAGAGCCAGUCAGGACCUUGGUGCUACAAAUCCUUUGGUGCAGGGCAGAUCCAGGAGACUCCUCUGGAGCCAGGGCUGCAGCAGCAAUCCCUGUGGCAUGAUCCUGGCUCCAGUUCUGCACAUUCCUGGCCAGGCUGACAAAGCUGUUCAUGGCAGAGGGUGGAGGAAUUGAACCAGUUCUUUGGAUCUUACCUGUUUGAAGUAAAACCUGUAAAAACCGGCUAUGCUGCAAAUCUUAGUUCAAAGCUUAAUAUUAGUUCAGAUAGAGGAUAUGAAGGGAUUGUAAAUAAUGAUGAAAAAGAACCAAUAUUAUGGCAUUGUUUUGUACCAGCAGUUUUAUGCUUAUUGACUAUGUAAUAUACAGUAUUCAUCAAAUCAUUAUGGUAUUUUGUGUGCCUUAGAUUUCCAUUUCCAAACUUGUAUAUUUUUGGUGAGCCGAAGAUGAGCAGGAAUUGCAGCUGCCCAUGCAGUCAGUGGUGCUGUACAUUCCACAGCUGCUCAGCCAUGUUCUUGUCCCACCAUGCAGAGAUUCAUUUCUUGGUUUCACUGAUAGGCCUGACAGCUUCAGUUUCUGCAAUGCUGUGAUUCAGCACUCUGGUGUGACAGAUUUCCUACACAAAGUUGGUAAGCUACAGAGCCAUCUCUACCUUUUAAAAUGUUCAUACCAUUAAAGUGGAUCAUUUUUACUUGAAUCUUCUCCUGCAAAUGCCCACAUUUAACUUACUGGAAACUUCAGAUUAAAAUGUUCCAUUGAAAAACCAGCAGCUUCCCUCUAAGAAGUGAGGCACUGAAAGGUGGAUCUAAAAGGAUCCCUUCAAACAGGUAGCCCAGCUCUACCUUUUUUUGAAAUGGCAAUUCUAACAAAGAAAUGUGUAUCUUAACGUAAUUAAUACUAUUAACUGAUAGGUGCUAAAGUCACAGUUACUACUUCAUUAAUGUUACUUACAUGACAGAAAUGUAUCACCCACACAAUAGCAGAUCACCCACGGUGCUCUUUCCUUGGCUUUCACCUAAAUUGCUUUUUCAGCAUCUCCUGCCAGGCAGGUUGGGCACUUCCACUUCCUGCUGUGCUUUGAGAAGCUGAUCCUUUCUGUUCUGUACUGCAGUAUAGGAAAUGCAAAUGUUUACUGCUUCUACAACUCUGUGCUAUUUCUUGUAACACUUCAGGAUAUUUAUCAGUCUUGUACACAAAUUGCAUUGUUUUCAGUAAGGUUAUCAUUUUAUAACAGUGUUUAUCUCUUGAAAUCUUCAACUCUGUGGGUCUGUUCUUUCCUUUGCAGCCCACACAACCACUUGUAAUUUGCUCUUGGGUUUUAACCCAAGUCCUUCUUGGAUAGCCAGACCAGGAGCUGGAUCAGAAAUGAAGGUAGCUGGCUUGGUCAGGCCUGCAUGUUCUGUUUGGUUUCCAUCAGCUGGCACAAUGUUCUGGGUGGAAAACCUGCCCAUGGGUUCAG